AUGCGCAUCCCAACAUUCCCCUCCAUCGUCCGCACCUUCUACGCAAUAAGCAACUACACCAACAGAGCUAGCACCCAAAUCCCCUUCAAAUCCCUUCAACCAUUUCCCAGAGGCGUUCUCCUCAAGUCUAUGCCGACCAUCCCCUUCCUCGGAAGUUUCUUCAGCACAAACAGUUCUCAAAAGAUGUCUUAUCCAGUCCAAAAGACCGAUGAUGAGUGGCAAGCCGUCCUCAGCAAAGAGCAAUUCCGCGUCCUCAGAAAACAAGGCACAGAAGCUCCCUACGUAGGAAAAUACGACAAACACAUGCCCGAGACCGGUGUCUACACUUGCGCUGGCUGCGACGCCCCUCUCUACAAAGCCAAUCACAAAUUCAAAUCUGGUUGUGGAUGGCCCGCAUAUUUCGAUAACAUCCCCGGUGCCGUAACACGUCACACGGAUAGCACCUUAGGCAUGUCAAGAACGGAAAUCGUGUGUUCGAAUUGUGGCGGUCACUUGGGACAUGUGUUCAAGGGCGAGGGGUAUGCGACGCCGACUGACGAGAGACAUUGUGUGAACAGCAUCAGCAUGAAGUUUUCGCCAGAGGAUAAGGUGGUGGAGAAGGAGAGUAAGGCAUGA